CUUUCUGGAAGCUUGACGCCUAGUAAACUAAACUGGAGGAUUUGAAUGUUGGUGGACCGCCUCAGCCCUCUCCCACCUCUCCGUAGACACCGACAGAGUCCAUCGCCCAGACGGCAGUUGACCGCGGUCGGUGCCCAGCCAGCGAAGCGGGAGCCAUGCCUGUCCCCGCUGGAUACCUCAGCGACUCCUCCGCCGCGGCCUUCGCAUCCUCGGCCUCGCUUAUCCCGCCGCCGCCGAUAAACACCCAGCAGCCCGGUGUUGUCACAUCGCUGCUGUACAGCGGCUCCAAGUUCAGGGGCCACCAGAAGAGCAAAGGGAACUCGUACGACGUGGAGGUUGUUUUGCAGCAUGUCACCAUGGAGGAUUCCUACUUGUGUGGCUACCUGAAAAUUAAAGGACUAACUGAGGAAUACCCAACUCUGACCACGUUCUUCGCUGGAGAGAUCAUCAGCAGGAAGCGGCCGUUUCUCACCCGGAAAUGGGAUGCAGAUGAGGAUGUAGAUCGUAAGCACUGGGGCAAGUUCCAGGCUUUCUACCAGUACGCAAAGACAUUCAACUCUGAUGAUUUUGACUACGAGGAUCUAAAGAACUCUGACUACAUUUUCAUGAGGUGGAAGGAGCAGUUUCUGGUCCCUGACCACACGAUAAAAGACAUCAGCGGGGCUUCCUUUGCUGGAUUUUACUACAUAUGCUUCCAGAAAUCCACAGCAACGAUCGAGGGCUACUACUACCACAGGAGCUCUGAAUGGUACCAGUCUCUAAACCUCACCCAUGUUCCCGAGCACAGUGCAGCCAUCUAUGAGUUCCGGUGACCCCGGCCGGCAUCGUGGAUCUUUAUUUCUGAUGGACAGAGACUUUAAGGCAAAGCGGAGGUCUGCGGAUGCUACUGAGGAUGAAAAGGAGGACAAGAAUUUGGGCUUUUGGAGAAGUGCAAACUCUUACAUGCUCCCAAUAGGUGGACUGUGGACUGUUGAUUGACAAGUGGACUGGGAUAUCGGACAAAUGAAUGUACGAACGAGUUGAGAAGGAAAGGAGGGAAGGAAGAAAGGGCAGUUCUGCUCCCUGGCUGGAGCUUAUAAAGUUAGAACCAGCAGCAGAGACUGGGUGUGGCUCAAAUAGUGUACCCCUUCUUUAUUCGUUUUAACGUCUGGUUUUUAAAAACGCUUGGCGCAGUUAUCUCAAGACAGUUUAUAGCUGAGUUGGGAAUUCCCCCUUUCUUGUUUCGCCACUACAAACCAGCUUUCAUCCAGCCGAUGCGGAGUGCGCGACAUAAACACAUUGGACUACCGUCGGACAAGGAUUCCUCUGAGGAGUCUGCUCUCAUAAACACCAUCUCUGAAGAAGUCUGUGUGGAAGAAAAGUUUGGGUUUAUGAUUGAUUGGAGCUUUAAUCAGCCCAUAAGCUAGAACGACAGUAUUUUUUUCUUAUUUUUUAAGCUAAGUUGGUUCUUUGUUUGCCUGCCAAGAAGAUAUUUUGUUAUUUUACUCUAAAUGAUGGACGCAGAGUGGCACUUUUAAAGGCUGCAAAGUGAGCGACACACAAAACGAGCUUUCCCCCCGUGUUCAUACAACCGCUUGGGAGAUUAUUAUCACAUGUGAUUGCUGUGGAUCUUGUUCUGUUGAGUUACAUUUGCACAAAGAUGGACUAUAUGUUACUAAUGCUUGCAGUCAGGAUUUUACACUCACAUGCCCAAUACACAAGGUCAAGCUUUUUGACUUGUUUUUAAGGGUGUGAUUGUGUGUGGGGGAGUUCAGAGCCAAAACAAUCACAUAAAAGUAUUGAAAAAGAGUAUUUUUACCCUGCACUCUGCAUCAAACAAAGAGCUUUUUACUCCCUCAUGUGUCAUUUUAAAUUAAGACCCCCCACUACCCCUUAAUUUCUGUCCCCUCGACUAUGCAACACUUUCAACAACGCACUCUCCAAACAUAAAACCUUCAGUUUUCAGAGACAAAAUUUUAUUCUAUCCUCAUAGUAUAUGAUAAAAAAAAGAAUCUAUCUUCAUUAAAGGAAAUAUUUUUGUUAAAUUGCCUAUGGAAACACUCCCUUAUCAUGUUCCCUUCCUAUGUGAUGGUGCCAUCUUUCUAAAGCUUAUCAGAGUUGUAUUAUAACAGAGUGUUUGUUUGAGAAUAAGCCUGGAUUUGAUUGACUGUGUGACUGUAAAGAAUGGAUUAUGGAUUUUAAAAAAUCAUAUCAAAACACCUUUCA